AUGGCGGGGCUGCGGCUUCUUGUUGGGGCGCUUUGGCUGCUGGCGGUGCUGCGGCAGGGCGCGGCGGCGGAGGCGGGGGCCGUCUCCGUGGACGGGCGGCGCACCAUUGCGUCCACGGGCGAGGACUUCGUGUGCGCCACCCUCGACUGGUGGCCGCCCGACAAGUGCGACUACGGCACCUGCAGCUGGGGCCGCGCCUCGCUCCUCAACCUGGAUCUCUCCAACAAAAUCCUUCUCAAUGCCGUCAAAGCCUUCUCGCCGCUGGUGCUCCGGCUGGGCGGCUCGCUGCAGGACAAGGUGGUGUACGGCACGGCAGACCGGCGGGGGCCAUGCGCGCCGUUCACCAAGAGCGAGUCGGAGAUGUUCGGCUUCACGGAGGGCUGCCUGCCCAUGCGCCGCUGGGACGAGCUCAACGCCUUCUUCCAGAAAUCCGGGGCCAAGAUCGUGUUCGGGCUCAACGCCCUCAACGGCCGGGUGCCACUGCAGGGCGGGGCCAUGGGAGGCAACUGGGACACCACGAACGCGGCGUCCUUCAUCCGGUACACCGCCGGCAAGGGGUACAAAAUCCAUGGAUGGGAGCUCGGGAAUGAGCUCAGCGGCUCCGGCAUCGGGACGAAGAUCGGGGCGGCCCAGUACGUCAAGGACGCGAUCGCCCUCAAGACGACGGUGGACAGCGUGUACCGGGGCAGCCCGGCGAAGCCGCUGGUGCUCGCGCCCGGCGGCUUCUUCGACCCGGCCUGGUACGGCGAGCUCAUCGCCAAGACCAAGCCAGACAUGCUCGACGUGGUGACCCACCACAUCUACAACCUAGGGGCAGGGGUGGACACACAUCUGAUUGACAGGAUCCUCGACCCGAAGGCGCUCGACGGCAUGGCGAGCCCGUUCAGGGAUCUUCAGGGGCUGCUGAAAGCCGCCGGGACGUCGGCCGUCGCCUGGGUUGGGGAGUCUGGAGGGGCUUACAACAGUGGGCAUCACCUUGUCACUGAUGCAUUUGUGUUCAGCUUCUGGUUCCUGGAUCAGCUCGGCAUGUCGGCGAAAUUCGACACCAAGAGCUACUGUAGGCAGAGCUUCAUCGGUGGGAACUACGGCCUGCUGAACACGACCACAUUCCAGCCAAAUCCUGACUACUACAGUGCUCUGCUGUGGCAUCGCCUGAUGGGAACCAAGGUUCUAGAAGCCAAGUUCACCGGGACCAACAUGAUCCGCGCCUACGCGCAUUGCGCAAAACAUGCUCCGGGGAUAACCCUGCUGCUCAUCAACCUGCACGGCAACGCGACGAACCACGUCAAGGUGGCAGGUUCAGGCGGCCGCGGCGCACACGCCGGAAGGAAGCACGGGGGGAGGUUUGCUCAGGCGACCGGAGCGGCGAGGGAGGAGUACCACCUCACGCCUGAGGGCGGCAACAUCCAGAGCCAGGUGAUGCUGCUGAACGGCAGGGCGCUGGUGACCGGCGCCGAAGGGAGCAUCCCCAGGAUGGAGCCUGUGAAGGUGGACGCGGCGCGGCCCAUCGCCAUGGCGCCUCGGUCCAUCGUGUUCGUCCACAUGCCGCAUUACCAUGCCCCUGCGUGUAGCUAG